UUUUCUUUUUCUAUCAAAGUUGAAGCUACCGACGCACUAAGAAAGUAUGAAUGGGCCAUCACUUUAAUUUGAUCUGUGGGACUAUACGAACCAUCUGAGGAGAGACCAAUUGAUUCGUUGUUGAGGUGGGGUUGAUGAAAACCAAAGGAAAAUGGUAGCUCCAGUAGAAGUUAGUUGUGCACAUGACCCCAAAAAAACCUUAACGUGACCUUGAAAUCGAAGGUGGCCUCUUUGCUUGCCUUUGUCAAAAAGAAGUAGUUAAUCACUCCAUUAAUUAUUAAGAUCCCAUCAAUCAUAGCCUAAUUAUCAGCCUUGUUCCAAUCCCUUCACUAAGGAAACCACUCUUCCAUCUAUAUUUAUUUACACACGUCCCCAUCGAGAGAGAGAGAAGAAGAAUUUGAGAAUGGAAUUAAAAAGUAGAGAUGAAAAUGAAGAGCCAAAAAAGGCAGUUUCUGUGCUGCAAGGCGAUGGGAUUUGCAUGAGCAGAAUUCUUGCUAGGGAAUCCUCAGCGGGCCAAUCUUCACGUGUGUUUUAUCGAUCCAACGAAGGCGUUCCAUUUGGAUGGGAAAUGCAGCCAGGAACAGCCAAGAACCCACAGCAAGAUGAAGACGUGAUCCCCCCAAUUUGCCCCUCCCCACUGAUGCAGAGCUUGCAUCUGGAUCUCCCCCCGCCGCCCCUCAAAACCUCCAAGAUUUGGAGGUUGAGAGAGAUGAUUAUGAUGAAGAAGGCGGGGGGGAGAAACAAAGAGCAAGAGAGCUCUAGGUUUCCUUCGACUUCGACUUCAACCUUCUCAUCCGCCACCAGCCGCGUCGUGGAUGUUUCCAUGGUCGAUGGCCCCUUCAUUCCCGCCAUACUGGAGCAAGGGAAGACGAGAAUAUACUACUGCAGCCUACACAAUAAUGCAUUCGCUGUGGAACAAGGCAAUUUAUAUGUGACUAGAUUUCUCUCCGAACCGGAGCAGUUUUCCGGCCCUCUUCACGGCGGGGAUUCGGCGGUGGGGGUACCGUUCGGGUGGGAGAUGCAUCCGGGGACGCCCAAGGCGGCUGGGGAUGAAGAGAUCAUCCCGCCGCCCAGUCCUCCACCGGCGGCGCAAAGCCUGUCGCUGCCGCGGCCAGAUAUGAAGGCGAAGAGGUCGACGUGGAGGAAGGCUUGGUUCUGGAUAAGGCGCCGCAAGACGAAGGAGAUCAUGAAAAUGCAUGAGAUCAGCUUUAGGUAUGAUGAGAAGUGGGGUGUCGAUGGUGACGCUUCUUCUCUUCGGUCGUCGUCGUCGUCGGCUGCGCCGCUGUCGAGAGGCGGCGGUUGGAGGAUUGGGAGGAAUUUGGAGAGCACAAGAGACUUGCUUGUUUUUGCCAGGAGAAAGUGGAAGUCGUUGGUGUCUUAGAAAUGUUUUUGGGACUCAUGUCAAAUUUAUUUCAAUAAUUUGAGGAAAUGUGAUACUAUUGUUAAUAUAUAAGUAAUAAUGUGUUGUGUGGAUAUAAACGGAAUGAGAUAGGGCAAAGUAAUAAGGUUGUUAUUUACUUAAUUUUGCAAAUUCGGAUGGGAUCAAUAUCUUAAUAUAUUGCAUUUGUAGAAAAGUAUUCGUAAUACUUGUAUGUAACAGUAAUAAUAAUUAAUGAUGUCUAUUUAUUGUUAACUUGUAGUGUAUUAUAA